GACGUUUCUUGUUUUUGCUGACGACAAGUAGUUAAAAUUUCUUUUAUCAUCUCGUUUUUCGCGUACAAAGAUAAGUGCAAGUAACUUUCGCUUCAAUAUCCCUGUCCGCACCGUGUGCUGUAGGAAAUUCGGUGCCAAAAAGCGUAAAUACGGAGGUAUAGUACGUGUGCUCAGGUGUUGCCGGAACGGUUUCUUUGUUGUAGAGAAGCGCCGACAGCAAGACCCUGCUCCAAGCGAACCAUUGUUGUGAGACUAGCCGUGACCGUCGUUGAAGGAGGAUAAAGAAAUUAGCUAGCAGUACAGAAGGCACCCGGGAUACACCCGUGAGCAUCAAAAUGGACACCAACGGUACCGUGGACCAUGGAGAGACGGAGCAGUUGCAAAAACACACCCAGCCAGCCUUCGACAAUGUUGAUAUCACAUCGCCGGACGAUGAGAAUGAAAACGAUAUCUUUGAGUCGGCGAUUCAGCAGGAACCAUUAUCGCCCGUACUGGAGGAUGUACCGACAGACGAAGCAGGGGAUAUGUUUAUCGAAAUAGUUGUUGCUGACCCACAGAAAGUAGGCGAUGGCAUGGGAUCAUAUUUAGCGUACAAGGUGUCGACGAAGACAAACAUUCUAAAGUUUAAGAAACGUCAAUUCUUCACGAUGCGACGUUUUAGUGAUUUUCUCGGUUUGCACGAUUUGCUCGUCAGCAAAUAUCUGCGGAUGGGUCGCAUUAUUCCACCGGCACCGGAAAAGAACAUUAUCGGCACGACGAAGGUUAAAAUGGGCAGUCAGCCACAGUCCGACCCCGGUACGGGCGUUAACCUAGAGUGGAUUGAGAACAGACGCGCCUCACUCGAACGUUUCCUCAACCGUGUCGCGCAGCAUCCGAUACUGUGCCAGGAUACGGAUUUUGUAAACUUCCUCGAAAGUGAUCAAGAACUGCCGCGCGCAGUUAAUACAGCCGCUCUGAGCGGUGCCGGCGUAAUGCGUUUGUUCAAUAAGGUCGGCGAAACAGUCAACAAGAUCACGUACAAGAUGGAUGAAAACGAUCCCUGGUUUAACGAUAAGAUUAAUGAGGUCGAAACAAUCGAUGCGCACAUGCAGAAGUUACAUUCCGCUAUAAAGGCGCUAGUAUCGCACCGUAAGGAGUUAGCCACUCUAACGGGCGGUGUUGCAAAGUCUGCCGCACUGUUGAGUACAUGCGAGGAGCAUACGGGUCUAUCGCAAGCUCUUUCACAGCUAGCGGAUGUGGAAGAAAAGGUCGAACUGUUGCGCUCCGAGCAGGCAAACUCGGAUCUUUACAUUCUGUCGGAGACAAUCAAAGACUAUAUCGGGCUGUUCGGUGCUAUAAAGGACGUUUUCCACGAGCGAGUGAAGGUGUUCCAGAACUGGCAGCAUGCACAGAUUCAGCUCACGAAGAAGCGUGAGAAUAAGGCAAAAUUGGAGUUGCAAGAUCGCCGCGAUAAACUGGAGUUUGCCCAGAAAGAAGUGGAAGAGUGGGAAGGAAAGGUACAACGAUGCCAGAAGGAGUUCGACAACAUUUCUAGUGAAAUUAAGAAGGAAAUGGAGCGUUUUGAGCUGGCGCGUGCCCGUGACUUUAAGUCGACGAUUGUUAAAUAUCUGCAGGACCAAAUGGCACACCAACAACAGCAAAUGAGAUACUGGGAAGCGAUCGUACCGGUAGCUCGUGACAUUGCAUGAGAGGAACCGAACGCGAUGAAUCCGCCCAUCCUGUACGACGACGACGACGAAGACCGUGUUCCCACGACUGACAAACUGCGCCUCUCGAUUAAUUUAGUCGAUUCCAAUGCUAGGAUAUCGUAGAACGAUACUACCUUCGCGUACUGCAACAGGAUGGUUGACAUUGGUUUGAACCAGCUUUCAUCGCUGACUCUCAAACAAAACCAAACAAUAGCGUUAGCUGCUACCGUGUUGGGGAAAUUGUUUGGGUGUUGAACCUAAGAUUUCUUACGCCUCAUUUCUCUGAUCAAUCCACACUCUGAAUGAAUGAGUAGGCCCGUUUCCUUAUGAUGAAAUUUGUUCCCAUUGUGCACUAAAGCAACCUCUUUGCAAGGGCAAAGCAGCAGCAAAGAGAUAUCGAUCGACCAAAAGUGAUGUAUUUGUAAAUAAUGACGGAGCGAGCGCGCAUUUGCAAAAAUUAAUGAAUAAUGCUGGAGUAGUAGCACACACGGCUAAUGCCACUAGUUAAUGGCUUCACACAUGAUGCUUCUACCCCUUGUCACAUAUCUUUCCAAACAAAGUUAAACAUCCGCGCAAUACGACAGGCUGGCGCGAAAUUGUUUCCUUUCUUAAACUUUUAUUAGGUGCCCAUGUUAUGUUUGUUUGUCUGUCCCACGGAAAGCUACGCCACACUCGAUGUAAAUAUGUUUCUGAUUUUGGAAUAGUCUGAGCUGUGGAGAUUUAUUAGUGCACGCGUGCGGUGAGUGUAAAAGUGGUGCAAAACCUCGAAUAAGUAAACGAUUGGGCAAUAGGCAUGACCGCAAGCGUUGGGAUAUUUUGUGAUUAUUAUUACACACUUAAUUUACGCGACAUGUUUAACAUAUUCAUUUUGAAUUUCAUCCCGCUUGAAUUACGUACGAAAUAUUGAUUGGAUUUUUACUUUAGUACAUUCGUUACGUUACGUUUUCUUUUUUCAUUCGCUCGGAAUGCAAAGAUAUUUCUUCGCUUCGCUUAGAGCCAGCUGUUAAAUCUGUUUCUUCCCAAGGCUAAUUGUUAACGACGACGGAAGUAUUAUCUGAACUCGCGUACAUUUCCGCGAGGCGCGAAUAGUAGUAGUACGGCACACACGUGUGCACCACGCGACAUAUUUUUGAGGAUUUGAAAUCAUGAUAGACUACUAAAAACAAUGUGUUUUUCUUUUCUGUUGAUCGUGCGCAAUGCCGGACAAAAGAUAUUGUUAGAUUUUCAUAGGUUAGGAUAUACGAACUCUAUUAUAAUAUGAUGCAUACACAAGCGCUCUCAUCCAUUUCUUUCCGUUUCGGAUCUAACUAGAGAAGCUAUGUUCAUAAGAUAAACCAGAUAAUCAAAGACAGCAAACAGGCUGAUGAAAGGCGGUGCUGCCGUUUAAUGCGAGGUGUCAUCGAUUUUUGUGAAGUUAAUGUUUUGCAUAGAUAGGCUAUUUGUUUACUCGAUGAUAGCGUCAGAACAACCGUUUGAAUGUGAAACUCUUGAAUUCCUUUCUUACCUUUAUGCUGUGCUUAAAUGUUACACUAAGAGGAUGCGUGCGGCAGUCACAUGCACGGGCAGCAAACAGAACCGAAACCGUCUUAUAUACACACACACACGCACGUGUUAAGUACAGAAUCUAGAUCCGUUCGAUUCCAAUCGCCAACACCCAACUCUGCUGAAACAAUCAAAAAUCCCAGUUUAGAGAGCCAUUUCUGUAUAAUGUGUUUAUAAUUUUAUAAAUGGCGUUUCCUCAGUUGAAAUCGUUAAAUAUUGUUAUUUUAUGGCACGCUUGGCUGCAAGUGUUUCAAUCAAUUACAGCUCCCAGCAUUCCAAUACAAUGUGUAGCCUCUAUUUUUGUAUCAUUUUUUCGAGCGAGUGUUUUACUGUUUCGACUGUCUACGAAACAUGUUUCAUACCUCGAUUCGUAGCAUUUAUGUAAACAAAAAAAACCAAGCAUGUAAAGGGCAUACUUCCAAUGUAUUUGCGAAGGGUGCACAAUCUGUGUUCUUAGAUGUAUUUACGCGUGUGUUAAAAGGCGUGAGUGUGUAUGUAUGUCCAGUUCAGGAAUUGAAAAAGCAAGAUGUCGAACAUGGAACAUGGAAAAGCUUCAAGCUAUACAAUGUAUACUACUUUUCUCUAACCGCUUUUCUCCAAACCAGACGGUGUAUUCUCUUUGUAGAACGUUUCUCCACAAGUAGUGCAAGCCUUUCGGGACUAGAUCCCAUUUACUGCAUUUAUACGUGUUUCGUUUGUCUGUCUGUCGAUCAUCAUCUGAAGAACUAUAGAAUCAAGCAGAGAAAGAGACAUAGAGAAGGGGAAACAAAGCAUACACACAACACCACGCAACACGUUCAAACGCCCUUUGACCGUUGUCCAUGAUAAUAAGCAAGAAUGUUUGAGCAAACAUAACAUACACGCGAGAAAUGUUAUGAUUUAAAAAAAUAUAUAUACACAUAUAUAUAUCUAUAUUAUAUUACUAAA